UUUUCCGGGCAGAAGUCCAACAAAAAAUAUCUGAUCUUGUUCUUAUUCUCUCUCUCUCUCUCUCUCUCCACGAAGGAGAGGUCCGAGAGGAGGUAUCUCGGUUUUUUUCCAUAAUUAUAUUUCAAUCAACAUUUCCCAAUCUUCUCAAAAUCUCGAUUCCCCAAUAUCUGAUCUUGUUCUUAUUCUUAUUCUUAUUCCCAUUCCUAUUCCUAUUCGAUUCCUCACUUCCGAUCGAUAUCAUGAGGGUGCACCCGCUGCCGAAGAAGCGGAACAUGGCAAACCGCGACAUGGACGGCGGGGAAACCCUAAGCGGCGGCUGCGGCGGGGUUCACAAAAGGCUCCGGCGACUCCCCCACGUCUUCAGCACGGUCCUCGAGCUCCCCUUCCCUUCCGACGCCGACGUCUCCGUCGAAGAAAGCUCCGAUUCCUUCCGUUUUGUUGCUGUUACCGAUGAUGACGCCGUUAUCGGCGACGGCGUUAGGGUUCACGCGGUGGAGGUUCACCCCGGGGUGACCAAGAUUGUGGUUCGAAAUGGAGGGGAAGGUGGAGAUGAGGUGGUGGAGUUGCUAUUGGGGGAAGUGGACGUGUGGAGGUUUCGGCUACCGGCGAUGACGCAGCCGGAGUUGGCAACGGCAGUGUUUGUUGAUGGUGAGUUGAUUGUGACGGUGCCAAAGAGCAGGGAGGUCGUGGGGGAGGUGGUGGGAGGCGUGGGGCGGCUUGUUCUUGUACAGUAGUAUAUACUUUGUUUGUCUUAAUUUGCUCGGGAUUUUAGCCUUGCAAAUGCAAAUUUAGUAUCGACUCUGGAACUCUGUUUACAUGAAUUUAUGAAUUAGUUGUUUACUAUCUCAAUCAAGAAGAUUUGUGUA